AGCAGGAGUGUACGGGAGCCGGUGUGAGCGGAUGCUGUGGCGGCUGCAGGCAGCGGAUAGUGUCGCAGAAGCUGCUGCGUGUUGUCGCUGAGGUUGAGCCGGCUCGGAUCCCGGAGAGGCUGCACAAACUCCUGGAGCUGUCCAAGUUCAUGCCAAUUAGAGGAAGUCGUCAUGCCUCCCAAACGACUCAGUAGAAAGGAGCGAAGGAAACUGUACACAUCACUGGCAGGCGAGCUGGUGAUCAUGGCCGGGACCGUCAUGCUGGCCUACUACUUCGAGUACACCGACACCUUCAGCGUGCACGUGCAGGGCUUUUUCUGCUACGACACCACGUACACUAAGCCCUACCUGGGACCGGAGGACAGCAGCGCCGUUCCGCCCGUCCUGCUCUACGCCCUGGUGGCCGGGCUGCCCACGCUGCUGAUCACAUUAACAGAGACUGUGCUGUUCCUGGUCCAGUACACGUCCAAAGAGUUCGACCGGUCAGAGAAGACCGUGGCCACCGGGGACUGCUGUUACCUCAACCCGCUGGUGCGCAGGACCUUCCGCUUCCUCGGAGUUUACACCUUUGGCCUCUUCACCGUCGACAUCUUUGUCAAUGCAGGCCAGGUAGUGACAGGGAACCUGGCACCCUAUUUCCUGACGGUCUGUAAGCCCAACUACACGGCACUGGGCUGCCAGCAGGCCCUGCGCUACAUCAGCCACCAGGAGGCCUGCACAGGAAACCAGGACGACAUCCUGCGCGCCCGCAAGACCUUCCCAUCCAAGGAGGCCGCACUCAGUGUCUACGCCGCACUCUACCUGGCUAUGUAUGUGACGUGCACGGUGCAGGCGAAGGGCACUCGUCUGGCCAAGCCGGUGCUGUCUCUCGGGCUCAUGUGUCUGGCCUUUCUCACCGGUCUGAACCGUGUGGCUGAAUACCGCAACCACUGGUCGGACGUCAUCGCUGGCUUCAUCAUAGGCACAGCCAUCGCCACUUUCCUGGUGGUGUGUGUGGUCCAUAACUUCAAAGGCAAGUUACUGCUGAGCGAGGAGUCACCAGCGGAGCAGCGGCCCAACACAGCCAUGCUGAACAUGGGCCGGAUGGAGAGUCCUCUGGAGAAGUACAUCGCCUCACAGAAUCACAUCGCCUUCGCUGAGGUCACAUGACGUGGAGUCGGCCGUGUGGCAGACCCAUUGGACGUCCACGCUCUUCACCGUCCAAUCCAGCUAACAGGAGUGCAGCGCUAAAACCCAUUCUCUGUGUGUGUCUGGUCUGCGGUAUGUUGUUCUAUGUUGUCUUUAUCAGGCCCCUGUUGUCAUUUGCAGCUUCAUGUAUUCAACGAAAAAAAAGAAAGAAAGAAGAGUCAGUAACCCGGCGGGACAGGCCGCUUCUGCUUUCUCCAUCUAUGCACUUAUUCUGAAUUCUUGUUUGACUCUCGCCUCCCAAAUGAAGCUUGUUGAGAGGCAAACCUGGAGCGGACUUGUUGCACACUGUGGGACACUAGAGGCACAAGUGAAGAACUGGAUUGCACCAUCUCAACUCUGCCAAGGUCAAAUAUGUUCUUACGCUUUGGUUUUGUUGUGCGCAAAAAGAGAAAGAUGAAAACCCUCUUUUGUCCUGUUGCUGACGUUUUGAUUUUGCUGUCAUCACCUUUAUACCGUUCAAAAGACUGUUGUGAAUAUCAGAUUAUGACAGUGACAGCUGGGCCCAUAUUUAUCAAACUCAUUAAUGAGAAAUUCUGGAUUUAAAUGAAAGAUAAAAAAUAGCUCACUCACACACGUAAGAAUAAAAGCCAUUGAUAUAACUCUUUAGUCGAAAAAAGCUUUAUUUCCAUUUGCAGUAUUUAAUUUGGUGGUAUGGCUCUGUUCUGGGACCACUCCGCCCUUCCACGUGCCUACUGUACGUGGAAAGCCUUAAGGCAGAGAGAACAAACCUCCCUGCCCUUCCAUGUGUCUCCAUGGAAAGCCUAAGGCAGGGAGAGCAGCAGCAAAAACCCCUCGGGAACAGAACAGAGCAGCAUCAGUGACAAACAGAAAUGACACUGAUAAGUCAGACACAGCAUGAAAAGGAGGAGCUGGGGUGGAGGCAGGUUGCAAAGCAGCUCGUAGAGGAAGCAGCAACAGUAGGCAGGACAGAGCAGUUUGAAUAGGGCGCCAUGAAUGGGAUUAGCCAACUGGUUGCAGAGAAAGGAAUCAUGUGAUCUUCAGCUGGAGAUCAGCUGAUGUAGCUGGGAUGUGAGCUGAGCUUGACAUUGUGUCCUGCCUGAACUAACGCUGUGCUCAAUUUUUGUGAGCCUGUCCUGGCAGGAAAUGCAGCGAUGUCUCUGUAAAAAACAUUUACUUUUACUGGCUAAAAAAUGUGGGUGCUGCAGCAAGACUCACCUGAAAACAACUGGGUUUGUUGUUUGUUGGUCUCGAGCAGUGGUCUGCAGCCUGACUGACGCCUCACCUAGGUGCUACGCCAUCCGCCAUCCCCUUCAACACCGAUAACAAAGUCAGAUCAAAUGCUGAUAUGAUACAUAUGAAACGUACAGAUGUAAAAUGCCAACAUUUUCUUCUGGUGACUGGACUGUUCUCUCCCUCACCAUCAGUCAGUUUGCAGUCAGUCAUGAGACAGGAAUCUACAGCUCCAGUUUGUCUCUUGAAGCAACCUUUUGUCUGGUUAGUGACUGAGCUAUUGGGCUUGCUAACUGGCAGCUAGCUUGCUAGCUAGUUGUGAGCAGUUAUCAGUUAGCUUGCCAGACAAGCAGUUCACCAACUAGACCCAGGUGGUUCCUCCAAGCCUCCUGUACCACCUAUUUCAAAGGGCCUGCGACUGAACUUUGCUGCGCUGCCUCUUGUAUUGGGCAGGCUCGAAGGCUGGAAUUGAUUUGUUUUCUGUCUCUUUCCAUAAACCUGUUAUUCUUCAUUCAUCACUUUUUCUAGAUUCGUCUUGUCAUGUUUUCUCAUCAUAGGAGCAGCAGAAUUUCCUCCCUGGCUCCAGUUUGGCUUCUUUUGUUUCCAUUAAACAAUUUCCUCUAAAUUCAACGAUGCUUGUUAUUAAGGCUGUAACAUGCUUCUCCCACCUACUCCCUUUUCUACAUGGCCCACAGAGACAUUUAACUGUAUCAUUGGAAAACACACUCAGUCCCUUUGUGUCUUUGUAAAUUAUAAUCAUAAUGGGUAAAACUAAUAUAGCUGGCUAAAUGUUUUGGCACAGACAAAGGUACUUUCAUGCCAGUAAAACUGCUGUGUUAACAGGUGUGAAAAAUAACCCUUAUGAGCCAGCUUGAGACAGCAGGGCCUCAGAGUUCAAAAGACAGUGCUUGUGUAGCAGUGAGGGUUUCUUGCAAUGAACAUGUUGAGACAUCGUGCCCUCUGCCCGCCCUCCAGUCACCAGUGGUAAGCUAACGUUAGCCUCGGCUGCUCUGUGCUAUGCGCAUAGACUGUACAUAAAGAUGGAUGACAUGACAGCUCCCCAGAAGUGAAGCCAGAUCAUCUGGAUGUCUGGCUGCAGUAUAUAAACUGCGUCCUGUCAUGUUAGCAGAUGGGACAUGGACCAAACUAAAAACAAACUUUUUCCCAAAGAUGGUUUCUGUCAUUUAGGCAGCUCUUAUCUCGCUGAUGUUUGUUCAAGUACUUGUUGUUCUGAUCAUUUUGGUUGUAACAAGUAAUCUGAUGUCAAAAAAAGGGGAUUCGUUACCAAAGGUGCUGCUCACAAUUGGUCAGACCAGUGUACGGACAGGAGCUUGAUACUGGGGGAGAUUGCUACUGCACAGACUCUGGCUCUCAGUGACGUCACUGGCUUGAGAUUGCAGCGGCUGUAUCCGGGAUGUUUUGGCUCCAUUUUUGUACAGCGGGUGAAAGCGGAGGUGCAUAAUCCAUCUUCACAGUUUGACUGCACAUUAGCUAGGUUGAGUGGAAGCUAGCUACCACCGCGACUCAUUUGCAGUUACUGCUGGUAACGCCAGCCAGACAGUAGGACGACGUUGGUGGCGACACUGGUUUUCCCCCUUGGUCGCCCCGGUGAGCACCGCCCUCAUUUUG